AUGGGGCCACUGCAGAGCGUAAAGCUGACCGAGAAGGCCAGCGAGAUCGUGUCGGGCACCAACGAGAAGGUGGUGGAGACCGUUGGCUCGGUCACCGAAUCCGUAACUGGUGUGGGCGCGGAGGUGACCGCUGAUGUUGUCACCGUUGCCAGCGAAGUCGUCACCGCGGUCAAGGAGACCGUGGAGGACACCAUCCAUAUCGCCAAGGACGCCAUCGACGCCGGGAAGGACAAGACGCUGGAGGGAGCGGUGUCGCAGAUGGUCAAGGUGCUCAAGAUAUCGGUCUACCAGCUGGUGGACGAGGGCUUCACCAAGGCGACGGUGUCGUCGGGCGUCAACGUGAUGGGCGUCGUCAAUCUCAACGUGUCGGUCCACCUCGAGGAGCAGAUGGCCGUCCACUUCAAGCGGCUCGAGGAGAAGGAGAAGCGCAAGCACAAACGCGACAAGGCCGCCAAGGCCGCCGCCCGCAACGGUUCGUCUACACCAUCAGCGGCCACGCCCACGUCGCCAGCGACAUCAACACCGACACCGACGUCACCGCCUCCCACAGCAAAGGCUUUCCCAACGAUCAUACCGGACCAUAACGAGGUGAGCGUCGAGGUGAAGAAGCUGCGGGAGAAGAAGAAGGAGAAGCGACCGGCCAAAGCCACGGAGCUGAUCCAGCGGAUCAUCGAGGGCGACGAGGCGGCGCUCACGGAAAACGCCGAAACCCAUCGCCACGACGUACACGAGCACCGAGACUGCGCUCCUACACCUCCCGUGGGCAAGGCCUCGCGGGCGGUGGCCCAGAAGAAGGAGGCCCACGUCGCCCCGCCGGCGGCAGUGCCGAAUGCUGGGCGGGGACGAGGGAAGAGAGCCGUGGCGCCGAAGGUGGUCGAUGACACCCCCGGGUCGUCGACGUCUGAAUAA